AUGAAAACACAAUCUAAAGUAGUCGAAUACGAUUUUGAAGCAAGUGAAUUUAACUGCGAAAUAGCUCCCGGUAAAAUUAUCAAAGCAUGGGGAUUUAAUAAACAACUACCCGGCCCGGUAUUAAGAGCAAAUGCUGGCGAUACAUUAGUUGUUCGCGUAACGAAUAAUCUGAGUGAACCAACCACUAUUCAUUGGCAUGGCAUACGUCUACCGGCAUCAAUGGAUGGUACUGACGGAGUUCAAAAACAGAUUAAUCCGGGCGAAGUAUUUGAAUAUCGUUUUAUAGUGCCCGAUGCAGGUACAUUUUGGUAUCAUUCACAUACCAAUGAAACCGUUCAAAUGGAAAGGGGAAUAAUAACAGAGGAAAGAUUAGGAAGUUGUACAGCGUUAUUACUUUCAGCACUAAUAUUUGGAGCUGCUCAUUUAAUAAAUCCUGAUAGUUCAAUAAUAUCUGCAAUAUGUACUGCCGUUGUUGGUUUUGUUUUAGGGGCAGCAUACAUCUUCAGUAGAAGUCUAUGGAUGCCAAUUGCAAUACAUUUUUCUUGGAACUUUAUGCAAUCAGGCAUUUUUGGUGUAAUUACAUCAGGGAAUGACAAAACAGGGGGUUUGUUUAAUCUUAAUAUUGUUGGUAGUGAAUAUGUUACAGGUGGUGCUUAUGGCCCGGAAGGGACAAUUCAAGCUGUCCUAUUAUGCAUUGAUGAAGUUAUUGGACAAUUACCACGCUUGCUGUUAGGAGGAGUUAAAUCUUUUGUAGGUAAAGUUCCCAUCGGUAAUACUGGGGGAGCUAAUGUUCCCGGUUUUCAACCAAUUGAAAUACCGGAAGAAUUGAAACAGAUAAUGAAUAAGUAA